AUGGAAGAAAUGUGCAGUAUUAAUAGUAAUAAUAAAAUAAAUUUUGUAAGUACUCCGGAAUUAGAUAGUAUAAAUAAUCACAAUGACAGUGAUGAUAAAAUUACACUGACAGAUUCCAUCAACAAUGAAAGUACCAAAACAUUCCAAGAAAAUCAAACCAGCAACCUAGACCUGGACAAGGUAGAAAUUUUAUCAGAAAUAGAUAACUUAGAUGUAGAAAAUAAAUUGCCAAAUGAAGGUGAGCAGAGAAGUGAAAGUUUGCAGUUGAAGCAUUUAGAAAUCAAUGACAGCUUGGACCCGCAUAAGUCGCAAUUAUUGGUGACUAAGUUCGCUCAUUCUAAUUUGAUCCAAUCAAGUGUACCGCUGAUCAACAAGAGCCGGAAUUUGCUGAACUUCAUCACGGAGAAGUCGACGAAUAUCAUGGAGAAGGCGCUGCUGCCUCAGUACUUGCAACAGAAAGAACUGGCACAGAAGCUGGGCAAUUGUGAGGAAGGGGAGAGUGCAGAUCAGAAGACUGGAAGAGAAGAUGAUUUUUUGGAGGGUGGUAAAGAAGAAGUUGAUACGGUGGAGGUCAAUGGAGGAGAAAUAGAUUGUGGAAGAUUGUUGGAAGAGCUUAGGAAAGUUUCAAGGGAUAAAAUUAUGCUGGAGGAACGGAUCAAGGAAUUGGAAAUAAAUCAAGUGUCUAAAGAGCCAGUAUCACCAUCUAUCGACAACCGAGAUGCAACAAUCUCCCGCCUAACUUCCGAACUGCGCAGCGCCCUCUCUCAGAAAGACGCUCUCCUCCAUCAAUACAGUUCCGCGAACAAAGAGCGCGAGAGUAUGGUAAUGAAGUACGCAAUUUCUGAGAAACAGCGCUUAGACCUCCAGCGGAACCUGGAACAGUCUCACUCUCGUUUAAAGCAACUGACCUCCGACAAUGAGGUUGUAACCUCAAAACUAAAGACAGCUUUCAAUGAGCGCUCGCGAGUAACUCAAAUGUUGGAUGUAAAGUGCCGGGAAUUAAUCGACGCGCAAAAGGAACUCGAGAAACUCCGUGAAGAUCUUGACUUGAGAGAGGUUAAGUUAAAAUGGACGCAAGCUAAAUUAAAAUCUGAGCUGGUGUCUCACAAAGAAACCUCGGAGAAAUUAGAAAAAGCGAGCUUGAAAAUUAACGAAUUAAAAGACGAGUGUGAAAAUGUCCGCCGUGAGUCUUGCGAGUCGAUAAAGAAGUUCCAGCAGUCGGAAGAGAACAAAGCAGUGACUCUAGAUCACCAAUUAAAGGAACAGCAUGCGCGACUUAUUUUGGAGCGCCAUGUUGUUGAGGACAAGGAAGCUGAACGGUUGCAAUUGUUGAAAGAAAUUGAAACUCUGAACCACCGCCAGCAGGUUCUCAUUGAAGAGAACAAUGCGCUGACCUUGAGGAACAACGACUUGGACGCCAUCUAUGAGGAACUCAAGAGGAACUUUGAUGAGUUAAGUGUAGUAAGUGAGGAACGCUUGAAGGCGAUUAAUGACCUGACUGUUAAGGCAGAAGCUCUUGAAGGAACUAGGUUGGAACUGAUGGCUAGGAACCAGGAACUGUUGGCGACUGAAAGUGAACUGCAGCGCCUCCAAGCGGCGAACAAGGAACUGCAGGUUGAUAUGGACUGUUGCGUGCAAAGGGAGAACCAGAUGUUGGAGUUCACACAGAAGUUGACGGAUAAGAAUGUCAGGUUGCAAUCAGAGUUCACCAUUACCGAGUCCAGGAUGAAGGAACUGGAGAAGGAACUGGUUCCGUUCCGGGAACAGGUCAAGGAACUGAAGGCUAGAAUCAAAGAAAUUACCGAGGAGCUGAGGGAUGAGAAGAAGAAACGUGUUGAUGAGUGCGAACUACUUGCGCGACAUCUAGCGGAACAGACCAAGAUGGCGGAGAACUUGAAGCAGCUGUUGGAGGACAGCAAGGGCGAGAACUUGGUGCUUAAGAGGAAGCACCAGAUGACUAUCAAGGAACUAACUAGGGAAGUUGGACAGUUAAAGAAGAAGUUGGAGGGAACUAGUAGCGCUGUAGAGGGCGCUGUUCAGACUAGAACGCCAUCUGUUUUGUCGCUUAAUGAAGAAGCUGAUAAGGAGGCCGGGGUGAUUUAUAAUGAGCUGGAUAAACAGGCGCUUGUUGAUAGGGUGAUCAAGUUGCAGAGAGUUAAUGUUAAAAGGGCGGAAAAGUUGGACUUUUUGGAGGAACACACUAGAGUGCUUGUUGUUGAGUUGCAAAAGAAGACUAAGAUUAUUCAGAAUUAUGUUUUGAGCGAGAGCUUUGAUGCCAUGGGGAGCAAUGAGAGGGAUAAAUAUAAGGUAGGUUUGAAGGUUGGAUGGGAAAGAUUUUAUUAG